CGUCCCCCCACCGCUUUUCCUCCUCCUCCUCCUCCUCCUCCUUCCUCCCUCCCUCUCGCUCUCUCUCUCUGGCUGGCUCGCGGACACGCGCGCGCGGGCGCUCUCCCCCCCCUCCCCACCGCCACCCUUUCUGCAUUUCUCUCCAUUAGGACGGGCUGAACGAUGAGCUCGCUCGCAGCCACCGCCGCCGCCGCCGCCCAUUAGAGACCCCCCAGAUUAGGGGGAGGGGAGAGGAAGAGGGGGAGGAAGAAGAAGAAAAAAAUAACCCACCCCAAUCCAACAGCAGGGAAAGAAGGAGAAGGAGGGGGGAAAAAAAAAAGAAAAAGCAAGCAAGCACCGGAAAGGAAAUCCGAACGAGAUAAAUUCUGGCCGAAGAAGGAAGGGCGGAAAAAAAAAACCCACCCCAAAUCUUGAGCACUUUCUCCCGUUUUGCAAACGGUACCGAAACCGGAGCUCUGAAGCAGCCGGGCCAGCUCGGUUUUCUUCUCUAGCUGGGGCAGAAGAAGCGAGCGCUCCGCUUCCUCCGACCCCGCUUCCUCCGACUCCUCCGGCAGGCGAGCCACCUCCCUUCCCUUCUCCCAGCGCCCCCCACCCUCCCCAUUCCCCUCCCGACCAGCUCCCGCAGCUCCCGCAAGCUCGGCUGGUUCCUUUGGAUGCCUUGAUUCGCCGGAGCGAGCGAAGAGCAGGGCUGGGAAGCAGGAGGAGAAAAGAGAGCAAAGGGAAAGAGAGGAAUUCCCCCCCCACGGCCUUUGGCGUUGCAAUCCGAGCUCCUCCCGGUCCGGCUUUUUUCUCCCCCUUUUGGCUCCUCCGUGAAAGGGUGGGGGGGAAGAGGCGAAGGAGAAGGGUCCGCCAGCCCGGCACCGUUCCCGAUUUGGGGCCACCAUGGGAUGUACGUUGAGCGCCGAGGAAAGAGCCGCCUUGGAAAGGAGCAAAGCGAUCGAGAAGAAUCUCAAGGAAGAUGGGAUCAGCGCGGCCAAAGAUGUGAAAUUACUCCUGCUAGGGGCUGGGGAAUCCGGAAAAAGUACAAUUGUGAAGCAGAUGAAGAUCAUCCAUGAAGAUGGCUUUUCUGGAGAAGACGUGAAGCAGUACAAGCCUGUGAUCUAUAGCAACACUAUUCAAUCCUUGGCAGCUAUUGUCCGUGCCAUGGACACCCUGGGCGUAGAAUACGGGGAUAAGGAAAGACGGGCUGAUGCCAAGAUGGUCUGUGAUGUCGUGAGUCGGAUGGAAGACACGGAGCCCUUCUCUCCAGAGCUGCUUUCAGCAAUGAUAAGGCUUUGGUCCGACAGUGGCCUCCAAGAGUGUUUCAACCGGUCCCGAGAAUAUCAGCUCAACGACUCUGCUCAAUACUAUCUAGACUGCUUAGAUCGAAUUGGAGCUGCCGAUUACCAGCCCACAGAGCAAGACAUCCUUCGAACCAGGGUCAAAACAACCGGCAUUGUAGAAACCCAUUUCACAUUCAAAAACCUCCAUUUCAGGCUGUUUGAUGUUGGGGGUCAGAGAUCGGAGCGUAAGAAGUGGAUUCACUGUUUUGAGGAUGUCACGGCAAUCAUUUUCUGUGUCGCGCUGAGUGGGUAUGACCAGGUACUUCAUGAAGAUGAAACAACGAAUCGCAUGCAUGAAUCGCUGAAGCUGUUUGAUAGCAUCUGUAACAAUAAAUGGUUCACAGAUACCUCCAUUAUCCUCUUCCUCAAUAAGAAGGACAUCUUUGAAGAGAAGAUUAAGAAAUCCCCCUUAAUUAUCUGCUUCCCAGAUUAUACAGGAACCAGCAACUUCCCGGAUGCGGUGGCUUACAUCCAGACGCAGUACGAGAGCAAGAAUAAGUCAUCCAACAAAGAGAUAUACACUCACAUCACCUGUGCCACCGACACCAAUAACAUCCAGUUUGUCUUUGAUGCCGUAACUGAUGUCAUAAUUGCCAAUAACUUGCGUGGAUGUGGACUAUAUUAAAACCCCUUCCUCCCCCCGGUCCUGUAGAAGAAUCUCAAUUCAUUGCUUUCUUUGAUUCGGUCUCCUUACUCAUCUUAUGUAGCCCUAAGACCAUCAGUUUGUUUCAGAUGUAAGGGUUGGGGAGCAUGGGUUCUGCACUCCACUUUGGUCUGUUAUGAGGGGAAAUUGUUGUCUGUGCCUCCAUUCAUGGGGUUUUUCUUCUCUGCAUAAACACGAAAGAGAUAAAAGACUUAAUAAUCAGCUCUGGAAAUGCCCGGAAGGAAAUUUCAUAAAAAUUGUUGAUUUCCCAAAUCUUGCUCAAACUUUCAACUCUUGUUUCCAUUUUCCCACAUCUGUUCCAGAGAUGGGCUUCAGAUAUUGUUACCACCGGUUCGCCACACAUGCGCACCUCCCCCAAGCAUGCGCCCGGCCUCGAAAAUGUGGCUAAAUAGGACGGCAUAGUGCCGGGGCGGGGGGCGGGCCCACUCGCGCUUGCCGCUACCGGUUCUCCCGAACCGGUAGAAACCAGC